AUGGCUAGAGGCAAUACCCUCAUUUGUUUACAUGUCCUGAUCGAUGGUAAACCACUAUAUAUCGGUACAUAUCACAUGCCUUGUCUCUACAAAGAACCCGACGUCAUGGCAAUCCAUUCUUCUGUGGUGAAAGAUUUGAUGUUUCAACUGACAGCUGGACAAGAUUUUAUUUUGGCAGGGGAUUUCAAUAUCAAACCGUGGGAUAUUUGUUACCAAGCCUUAAUAGAGAAAGAUUAUGCUGGUUGUAACCUUCCGAGAUCCAGCACUUUUGAAAUCUCUUAUCGACGCAAUGCUGAACAAGUACUAAAGAGCGCCUAUCGAGAGAAGAAUGGAACGGAACCUGUUUAUACAGAUUUUUCUGAUACACCAGGCUCACCGAAUUUUUGUGCUACAUUGGAUUACAUCUUUUUUUCUGGUUGUCUUACGGUAGAAAAAGUGUUGGAAUUACCAGAUCAUCCGACUGGUGAAUCGUAUCCUGACGAGACACAUCCUUCGGAUCAUUUGAUGAUUGCAGCAACAUUCCGAUUGUUGUAA